AUGAAUGAUACUUCUCCUGAUCUAAUAAAAGAUGCAAAGAUUCAUCAGCAAUUAAAUGAAAAUCAUCUUUCACAUAGAGAACUUUUUCGACGACUUGAUAAGAAUCAUAAUGGUCGAAUUGAGGUUGAUGAAUUAUUAGAAAAAGUUGGUGUUGAUACUUCGACAAAUAAUCGUUCGGCUAUUGCACGUCGUAUUAUCGAUCAGGCAGGCGGAUCACCCACUUCAUCUUCUCUUUCAUUUGCACAAUUUGUUAAUUAUGUUUUAAAACAAGAAAACAAGCUUAGUCUUGCUUUUAGAAAUUUAGAUGCUAGUCAUCAGGGUAAAUUUGAUGCAAAAGAUUUAGUUUAUUAUUUUCAAAAAUUUGGUAUUAAAGUUGAUUUAGAUGAGGCAAAUAAAUUAGUGAAAAAAAUGGAUCGAAGUAAUUCUUUAGAAAUCUCGUAUGAUGAAUGGCGUUCUUUCUUUAUGGUUAAUCCUGCCAUUCUUGAAACUGUUACCGGUGACCCACAUGAAAUGCUUCGAUAUUGGCGUGGAGCAACACAUUUAGACUUAGGUGAAUCACCAUAUGCUGUGCCUGAAGAUAGUGAAACUGAAAAUGAACUACGAUGGAAGAAUCUUGUAGCAGGUGGUUGUGCUGGUGCUGUAUCAAGAACAGCUACUGCUCCAUUUGAUCGACUCAAAGUUAUUAUGCAGUAUUUGGGCUCAAGACAACGUAUGUCUAUAAUAAAUAGUUAUCUAUAUUUAAUCAAAGAAGGUGGUGUUACAAGUUUAUGGCGUGGAAAUGGUAUUAAUGUUGUGAAAAUUAUGCCUGAAGCUGCACUUCGAUUUGCUUUUUUUGAAGAAGCAAAAAAAAUUGUAAAAAAGCUUCAAAACAAAGAUCCUGCAGCUGAGACAACAAUCAUUGAAAGAUUUAUAUCUGGUGCUGCUGCUGGUUUUCUCUCUCAAACCUUUAUUUAUCCAUUAGAUGUUUUGAAAGUACGAUUUUGUUUAAGACGAACCGGUGAAUUUUCUAAUUGGAAAGAUGCUAUUAAACGUAUAUAUAGAUUUGAAGGACCCCGAGCUUUUUGGCGUGGUUAUACUCUUAAUCAAAUUGGUAUAGUGCCUUAUGCUGGCUUUGACUUAGCAUGUUAUGAAAGUUUGAAACGUCUUUAUAUGACUUCCCAUAAUCGUGAACCUCCUAUAUAUAUAGUUCUUAGUUGUGGUGCUAUUUCAUCAUUUACCGGUCAAAUGGUAACUUAUCCUAUAUCUUUACUACGUAUACGUCGUCAAGGACAAAUUGUACCCUUACCACAUAUGGAUCAAAGCAAAGCUCAUCCGGUUUUACCAAUUAAAACAAUUGUGAAAGAAAUUUGGCAAAAAGAAGGACUUGUUGGUUUCUAUCGUGGUCUUAUACCUAAUUUGUUAAAAGUUAUUCCGGCUGUUUCAAUAUCAUAUUUAGUUUAUGAAACAGUUUUAAAGUCACUGUAA